CUGUGUCUGGGGGCUUGUGUCUGGGGGCUUGUGUCUGGGGGCCUGUGUCUUAGGGUCUUACUCUAGGGGUUUCUGUGGCAAUUUUUCUUCCACAGAACGUCGGCCCACCGACAUCUUCCUCAGUCCACCUGUCACUCUUGCUUCUCUCAGUUCCUCUCUUCUGUUUUCGCUGCAUCUUGUCUAUAUUUCUUUGUUCUACCUGAACACUAGUCCUUGUUUCUUGUUCUACCCGAGCGCUAGUACUUGUUCCUUGUUCUAGCAGAACACUAGUCCUUGUUCAAACCUGAGCACUAGUUCACAUCACUUCCUGACCUCUGUGACUAGCGUCCGAUGGCUUGCCUGUCUAGUGGAUGAUGCGCCUCCCAGAGCGAGGUGGUGCUUGUGGUAGCCCCAGUGUGGGUGGUGCCACCCAGCAGCCGCCCACAUACCAUAUCCUCGCCUGUGAGCCACCCACACACUACUCCCACGCCGCCCGCACACCACCCACACACACUUCCCACCACAAGCCGUCCGUAGGGGCGGCAUUAACGCGAUGCUGAGGGAUUGGGCGUGUGAGGGAGGAGCUUGUCUACGACCUUGGGGGUGGGUGUGGUGGGCGGCACUGGUUAUGGCUAACCUGGUGCCAGUGGAGGCUGUCAGGACUAACGUCGUAGCGGAAGUGCCAAGGCUCGAUGUGGGUCCUCUGGUGGGUGUGACCGUCGGGCGAGGUGACACGGCCAGACUACCGUGUCGCCAACCACACUACGUCGACGACACCCUCAACCUGGUCCUCUGGUACCUCAACCACACCUCCAGGCCCUUCCUCAGCUACGACGCUCGGGCCAAAAUCGACCUCAGCAACACCAACAGCAUCUUCGCGAACAACACCAGCAGCAGCAGCAGCAGCAGCAGCAAGAGCGACAGGCCCCAGGAGCGUCGAUACCUGGAGGCAGGAGGGACAUCUCUGGUGAUCAGAGGGGUCGUGGAGGGCGACCAGGCCGAGUAUAGAUGCAGAGUCCAUUACCGACUCUCUCCCACCUGGACGCAAAGACUCCUGCUGCUUGUUCAUGAGACGGUGGAGGGGCUGGUGUUGGAGGACGCGUCGGGCCGUAGUGUUGGGGAUCGUCUCCAACCCCUGGCAGAGGGGGCCAACCUCACCCUCAACUGUCAAGCAUCUCAUGGUGCUGGCGAGGUGCUGAGCCUGAUGUGGCAGCUGGAGGGGCGGGAGGUGGACUCGUCGUGGGCGUCCUCGGGCGAGGGCGUGGCCGUCAACCAGCUGCACCUGGUGGGCGUGGAGCAGCGGCACAGAGACGCCCACCUAACCUGCCGCCUGGUCCUGGCCCACGCCCACGCCCACACGGCUGCCACCAUCACGCAACGUUCCACCACCAUCGCCAUGUUCUAUGUGCCGGAGUCGAGGCUGCGGGCGGAGGGUGGGCGUGCGGGUGUGGGCGGUGGGCGUGACGUGGAGGAGGGAGAGAGCCUUACCUUCCUCUGUGACGUCACGGCUGACCCACCUGUCUACAAUAUCACCUGGCUACUGAACGGACGCGUGGUGGGUGUCGGUGGGCGUCGGUGGAUGAGAGACAACGCCUCGCUGGUGGUGUCGCCCGUCGAGCGCUCCGACGCCGGCCUCUACACCUGCCUGGCCUCCAACAGGGAGGGUGACGGCCACUCUAACGCCAUCCUCGUCCGCGUCAAGCAUGCUCCAUACUGCACGGGGUCGUCUGAACACCACCUGGUCGUGGCCACCAACACCUCCAUCACCCUCACCUGCCAGGUGGAGGCCGUGCCCCAGGACCUCAAGUUCACCUGGAAGAUCGGAUCACCUGUCCACCGUCAGGGAAAGGGAAGCGAGGGACCCCCGCCCCCUAGACACACCGGAGACCUCCUAUCAGCCAUCAUGCCACGCCCACACACGCCCCCGCCACGCCCACACUCCUCCCUGGUUACCCACAUCCUCCCAACCCACGAUAUCCCGCUCUCCCCAACCCCACUCCCACCCCAGCCUCCACUGGCUGCCUCAGGACAGAUGCCAGCAUACUCACCGUCUAUGGACAUGAUACAGACGGCGCCCUCACGACAACUGGUGCAGGUGGCUCCCUCAGGGCAGGUGGCUCCCUCAGGGCAGGUGGCUGCCUCAGGGCAGGUGGCUGCCUCAGGGCAGGUGGCUGCCUCAGGGCAGGUGGCUGCCUCAGGGCAGGUGGCUGCCUCAGGGCAGGUGGCUCCCUCAGGGCAGGUGGCUCCCUCAGGGCAGGUGGCUGCCUCAGGGCAGGUGGCUGCCGCUAAACAAGUGAGACAUGUGGACAGUUCACGGCAGGUGGUACAGGUGGCGACCUCAGCACAGGAGACAGAUGCGGACAAGGGUGAAGAGCAGGUGGUUUCCAGCUCAAGAAAACCGGCGGCAGAAGAGGGAGCAGUGAGGGAGGGUAGUGGGCAGCACUCCCUCACUAGGGAGGGAGCAGAGAGGGAGGUGGAAGGGAGGGUUAAGCCUUCCUUCCCUGACCGUUCCUCCCUCACCCUCACGCCCGCGGCCUCCACCCUCGUCGGCUGCUACGCCCGCAACAGUGUCGGGCACAUACGGGUUCCCUGCACCUACACCAUCACCGUGGUUGAGCCGCCCAAGGCCUUGACGGACUGCAACGUGACCCUGGUCGGGGUCACCAGGAUGGAGGUCAAGUGUGAUGACCCCGCCCACGCCCGUGACCCUCACGCCCACGCUGACGCCGCCCACGUUCACUCCCCGAGUCUCAGCUUCGUCAGGUCGCCCCAAGCCAGCAGCAGAGCCAACCUGGAGGUCUGGUCUGGAGAGACACUGGUGGCGAAUGUCAGUGAAGGACGACCUCAGUUCUCAGUACGAGGUCUACCUCCGUCGACGCAGCUGCGCCUUGUGCUGUAUACGGCUACGCCCCACGCCCGCUCCACGCCCUUGUACAUGUACACCCGCACUCUCUCCCCCACCGUAGUACACUUCACAGCGUCCCCAUCCACUCGUCCACCACCCACGGAGGACUACCCAGCCACCCACGACCUGCUGGACGCCCUCGGGUGGGAAGUGGUGGGCGGCGUGGGCGGCGUGUUGCUGGCGGUGCUGCUGGUGGCGGCCGUGGGCGUGCGAGUGUGGGCGCGGAGGAGGACGACUCCUGCGGCGCGGGACACCAACAGUCAGGAGGAACAACAGCUGCACCAACACCACCACGCCUCCAUCAUCACCACCGCCUCGGAGGAGAGCAUGUGGGACCCAGAGUGGAGGAGCUCCGCCAUGUGAACUCUCACCCCACACUCACUCUCCCUACCUUACUCAUCCUCCCUCACUCUCCCUACCUGACUCACCCUCCCUCACUCUACCGACCUUACCCACUCACCUUCACUCUCCCUUCCUUACUCAUCCUCCCUCACUCUCCCAACCUUACUCACGCUCUCUCACUCUCCCUACCUUACUCACCUUCCCUCAUAUUCCCAUCAACACCCGUCACCCUAACUCACUCUCUCCCUCACUCACCAUCUUUACCUCACUCAAUUUUCCUCACACUCGCUUCUCAAUCUGAUUUUCCUGUCUCUGCUGCCAAGUGAUCCUCAUGGACUUGUGGCAGUUAAUACAUGAUGAUCCUCAUGAGGCAUCACUAUCCCUCAUAUCUCACUCUCACCCUCUAACACUUACUCCUCACCUUCCCCCCCCCCUCCCCUCAUCCACACAGCGAACACUCCUCACACUCUCACCCUUAUCAAUAGCUAUUUACCACCCGUUUCUUUUUACCCAUUUUUCCCCCUUCCCAUUUCCCCCUCAUUCCUUCUUCCCACUCCCCUCGCCGGCAUCACGUCAAGGGUUGAGGGCAGGAAUAAAGGGAAGCGGAUGGUGUACAACCCCCCCCCCCCCUUCCCACCCCUGAUGGAAUAGUGUUGUUUGUAUAUUUGUAAUAAAUGGUCGGAAUUUUUGUGUCA